AUGAAUGAAAAUGAACCAGAAAAAAUUUCAAAACAUAGAUUUAUUUUAUUUUAUGGACCUUCUUGCAGUGGGAAGACUUACUACUACUCUAAACAGCUAUGCCACACCCAUAGACGCAUCUCAUCUGAAGAUUUAUUUAAGGAGGAUCCUGGAUUGGGAUGUAGAGGGGUUGGCUUAAGGAUAGUCUCGUUACUUCAACAGGGUCAUAAUGUUGUCCUGGACGAUGAAAACUACAAAAUACAGACAAGGAGAUCAUAUUACACUCUGAUUAAAAAGAAGGUUCCAGACUGUUCCUUACUCUGCUUAAAGUUUGUUGCAAAAUAUGGGAACUUCCAAGUUCAAUGGUUAUCAGAACAUUGCAUUGUUGAGGCGGGACUAGCACAUAUACCAUGUAAAAGAACUCGAGACCUCAACAAAUGGCUUGAUGGAGUUCAAGAUGUCCCUGAUGAAUUUACUGAACAAUGCAAAGUUGAAGAGAUUGUUUCUAUGCCAACUAUACAAAGCUUUUAUAAGUUCAAUGUUCCUGGUUUGAUCAUUGAAUGGUGCAGCGUAUUUUCUGGAAGGGAUGAAGAUGUCAUUCAGCCUGCUCUUCUGCAAGAGAUGGAAUCAUGGACCCACUCUUAUCCAGAUGGCAGGCUCAUAAUAGUCAAGACCGAUGUUGGUAAUUCAUAUGAAGACAUUAAAGGGAAACUGAUGAAAUUAGCCAAAAAGGUGGACACCCCAGUUGUUGCCAUAUUAUUGAAAGGGAAGUGUCCGUUCAGAACUCCUCCACAGCCAGGUUUGAUUGCAGUGUUGCAACGCUUUCUUCAUCUGGAUAUACAUUGCAAAGCCACAAUGUAUGUCUACACAACCAACCAGCACAAGGAAUGUGCCAUCAACGCAGGUGUCAGACAUAUCAAGAAGGAAACACUGUGUUUGGUUAAAUCUCCAUGUGCAGUGCAACCAAUUGUUCCUAAGAUGUUCUCCGAUUUUAUGCUAACUCCCCCUAUUGGUGAGAGGAAGAAGUACUCAGUGGAAAAUGAGAUGCUCCCAUUGUAUGAGGAAGCGAAGGUUAAUUCAGGUUUUGCAAAGAUAGAUCUAGAUGAGGAUUGUACAGUUUAUCUUGCAGCUUCAAAUGAGUCCCUUGAUAGAUACCAAAAUGGAAUUACAAAAUGGGUCCAAAAAACGCCAAGUGAUGGAUGUAAGAUAACAGAAACUUCUCCCAAAGUUGUUAAGCCAACAAUUUCACCAAAUAAAGCAACAAUGGAAGUAGAACCUACCUCUCUUGUCAAUCUUACAAGAACUGGAAGCUCGCGGAAUCUGCCUAAGUGGAUGUACACCAGAAGCAAAGAUGCACCAAAGAGACCAAAGAAAAGGCUUAGAGAGACAACUAAAAAAUCACUAUCAUUGCAGUGUUCUAUUGUUAAAGCUAUGAGUGAAUCUGAUUUAACCGACAAUGCAAAACAUAUCUGUCAAGAAAAUAACAAACCCUGUCUUGAUAGUGACAGUGAGCCUGAUGAGAUCACUAUAUUGAUUGACAAACCCAACAAUACUUACCCUGUUAGCGAGGUUAGUUUGGAAGGCAAUAUGGAAAGUAAUAUCGAUGAAUUGACGGGAGUGGUCGACACAGGUGAACUGAAUGAGAUGGGCAGUAGAACUACAUUAGCUCCAGCUUCCAUUGAAGAGGAAAGCUAUAUAGACAGCAUCUUGGAAUGUAAAAUACAAAAUGGGACCUCAUUUCAAAAUAAUGGUAAUUCAAAAAUGGAAACACUUGAAUCUCAAAGUCCUGGAUAUGAUAAGGGAACAAAUGGUGCUGAAACUCCUGUAAGUGGUGCAGCAUACCAAGGGCAUGUUGUUGAUGGAAAAUUAAAAAACUCAAAUAUAUAUGAAUCAGAAUACUAUCUUGACACACUCCCCAUGUUUAGAGAUGAGUCUCAAAGACCUUUGAAACCACCCCCUAAAAGGAAGUUGACCUCUCCUCGCGAAGACUCAAAGGAUCCACGUGUACUAAAGUCAAAAACUAAAAAGAAGUUUACUUCUCCCCGCGAAGACUCAAAUAAUCCAUGUGUAGUAGAAUCCCAGGGGUCUUCUGAAAAAUUACAAAACUACUCAUAUAAGUGUGAAUCAGAACACUAUCUUGACACACUCCCCAUGUUUAGAGAUGAGUCUCAAAGACCUUUGAAACCACCCCCUAAAAGGAAGUUGACCUCUCCCCGCGAAGACCCAAAGGAUCCACGUGUACAGAAGUCAAAAACUAAAUACAUGUCAGGAAACUCCAGUUACUUAGAUGAUUUAGGACUAUGA